AUGUCCAUCAGCGUCAAUGGACCCGAUAGGAUUCUGCUCUAUAUCGACAGCGGCAAUCCAAGGCUGCGCGCUCCCCUAUGUACUAGGGCAGAGUUGGAGGCUGAGAUCAGGGAGCAAGUCCUCAAGGAAUGCGAGAGUGGAUCAACUUGGCUGCGACUAUCCGUCCUUUCCAAACAAGAGCGCCGACAUCGUGUGGCUGAACUGGUCAGGGAAAGGACCACUAAGCUCACUGCCAACGGAGGAAUGGGUGCUCUGCAUUGCAACGAUCACGAUGGACUAGGUUGGGGAAUACGUGCUAAAUAUGGUAGUAAGAGUAGCAAGGUCAAUUGUGGCGAAGGAGCUUGUGCGCUGUUGAAGUAUCCUAAAUUGGGACUAGUAAAUAUCCAGCAGCUCAUUGACUCUGUGGAGGCCUCCUCCCAUCACGAUUCAGCGGCCUGCCCCACAGCCUUCGAGCUUGAUAGUAUCUUCCCUCAGCCUGGCGAUAUCGCUCUAUUACUCAUCUUCCAUGUAGAGACCCUCGCCUCUUUCCCAAAGGAGACCCUCGUUCACUUUGCAUCCCGCUGUGUUGCGUGCUCUGUUCCCGUCUACAUAGCGGUCUUCGGGGCCCAGCCAAGCGCUGACGACAUGGGCCUUCCGGAGCUGCUCCUCAUUGGCCUUUGCCUGGAGACUGCCGGCUGGUAUGCUCAGUGUCCUAUGUUGGGCACUCCGACCUUCAUAAACAAGGACAGCGCUAUAUCCCCUAUGAUACUGAAGGAGUUCUCCAACCUUGUUGAAUCAGCAGCAGCUAAUGGCAGUACGGCAACCGGCUCGGGUGAGAUUACCGGCACUAGCUGUGGAGAGGCUGAUCUCAUCGAUUUGGGUGGACCAGUGGAGACUGGUGGAGAUGGUGAUGCUCCUGCUGCCCACAGUCCGCUGGAGUUGGAGGGAAUAGGGACGGUUGAUUUGGUGGAUAGCUUAGGGAAUGGAGAGGAGUCGACCUUGGCUUCUCCCAAGGCAUUGCAGCUGGCUGAGGCAAUGGUAAAGUCUACUGAUGUGUCCAGGAAGGUCUCAGCCGUAGCGGAGCAGCAGCACCAGCCGAUAUCAGUAUUGGAGGGGGACUCGGUUGGGGUGCCCGUCGAUGGCGAUAGCCCCGUCAACCGACAUGGAGGUUCAGCUGAUGAGGCUGAUACUCCCUCUCCACUCCCUCGUGCUCGACCAGGGUCGCCGAUGGAGACGAGGCAUCCUUUCUGGGCACCAGGGGAUGUUGGGCAACUGGAGGACGAUCUCUCUUCUGGGAUCGAGGCGGCCGCUAUGGCUAGUGCUGAGUACUUGGCUGGCUUUGAGCUGCUCCCUGAGGAGGUCGAAUGCCUCCUCAAGAGCAUUAUUAGUCUUGGGGACCUCCUCGCUGAAUGA